AUGGUGCUGGAGGCUUCUAUGAUAAUUGUCGACAACAGCGAAGCCAGCCGCAAUGGAGACUAUGUACCCUCGCGAUGGGAAGCUCAGGCUGAUGCCGUUAACCUCAUAUUCUCCGCAAAGACGCAGGCAAACCCCGAGUCGUCCGUCGGCCUCAUGAGCAUGGGAGGCAGCACACCAGAGAUCCUCACCACCUUGACAACGGAUAUUGGCAAGAUACUCGACGGUCUCCACAGGACGAAGAUAAGAGGCAGCCUGCACCUCUCGACGGGCAUCAAUGUCGCUGCGUUAGCAUUGAAACACCGACAGAAUAAGUCACAGAAGCAACGUAUAAUCGUGUUUACGUGCAGUCCGAUCGAUGAAGACGAAAAGGAGCUAGUGAAAUUGUCAAAACGGAUGAAGAAGAACGGCGUCAGCGUCGAUAUUAUUGCGUUCGGCGAGCUAGGGGAAACGACCACGCGGAAGCUUGAGAAGUUCAGCGAAGCAUGCCAGAGCUCUGAAGGAUCCCAUCUCGCCAUCGUCCAACCCAGCUCGAACCUUCUCAGCGACUCUCUGGUCACAACGCCCAUCCUUGGUGGAGAUGGCAUGUCAGGCGGAGGGGCCGGGUCGAGCGGCGCUGGCGGGGCAGCAGGUGAAGGAGGCGAUGCUGGUGGAAACUCUUUCGAGUUUGGAGUCGACCCGUCAGUCGACCCCGAAUUGGCGCUCGCGCUUAGGAUGAGUUUCGAAGAAGAGAAGGCGCGACAAGAGAAAGAGAAGAAGCAGAAGGAUGAUGCGGAGGGCAAGUCGGAGCUUGAGCAAAUAGCGGAGGGUGACGAGAAGCAACCUCUACUUGAUGACCAGGGCCAGCCGAGCGGGAGCGGCAGCGGCAGCAAGGACAAAAAGGAUGAUCCGGACAAAAUGGACACGGCAUGAGGCUGAGUAUGCGAUGACUUGCAGCGGAUAUAUGGUCUCUCGUGUAAGCAUGUUCGGCGUUCAACGGCGGAGCAAUGUUUGUCGCAUUCCAGCAUACCGUG